CUGACUCACACACAGACACACACACACACAGUCACUCGCACACCGGCCGGUCUCCGUCCCUGUCCCGGUUCUCCUGCUCUUCCUCCUGCUCCUCCUGCUGCUCCUCCUCCUCCUCUCACCGGGAACCAGCCGCUCUCACUCCGUCAUGUCGACCCGCAGCUUCUUCGUGGGAGGAAACUGGAAGAUGAACGGAAACAAGGAGACUCUGAGCGGGAUGAUGGAGAAUCUGAACACCGCCGACCUGCAGGACACCGAGGUGGUGUGUGCGGCGCCCUCCGUCUACCUGGACUUCGUUCGCUCCCGUCUGGAUCCCAGAAUCGGCGUCGCAGCGCAGAACUGCUACAAAGUGUCCAAGGGGGCGUUUACCGGAGAGAUCAGCCCGGACAUGAUAAAGGACUGCGGGGUCGACUGGGUCGUCCUGGGACACUCGGAGCGCCGUCACGUGUUCGGAGAAAGCGACGAGCUGAUUGGACAGAAGGUGGCUCACGCUCUGGAGGGCGGUCUGGGUGUGAUCGCCUGCAUCGGGGAGAAGCUGGAGGAGCGAGAGGCCGGAGCCACCGAGGAGGUCGUGUACGCUCAGACGCAGGUGAUCGCAGAGAGCGUGAACGACUGGGAGAAAGUGGUGCUGGCGUAUGAGCCUGUGUGGGCGAUCGGCACGGGGCGGACGGCCACACCUGAACAGGCUCAGGAGGUCCAUGAGAAGCUGAGGGCGUGGCUUAGAGCCAACGUCUCUGACGACGUGGCCGACUCUGUUCGCAUCAUCUACGGAGGCUCGGUGACGGGAGACAACUGCCGAGAGCUGGCGUCCCAGGGCGACGUGGACGGCUUCCUGGUGGGCGGAGCCUCUCUGAAACCAGAGUUUGUCGACAUCAUCAACGCACGUGCGUAACGGACGCAGGUUCCAUCAGGACCGAUGAGAAACACACGUUCAGUUCGUCACGUGCUCACGUCCGUGUGUCUGCAGAGUGUUAGGUAAAUAAAUAUCACACAGUUGUGGGAAUUUAGCUUUUAUUUUAUUUAUCAUAUUUACAGUUAAUCUACUUUUUGUUGUUUCUAUAAUUGAACCUUUAUUCUGAGGCUUUAAAAGUCUUUCUACGGGACAGGACUUUAUCAGUUUUCAGUUAAAGCUUCUUCACGUGAUCUGCAGCAGACGAUCAGGUUGUGUUGUGUGUUUUUAAAACAGGUUCACACUGUUGUAAUGUUGUGUUACUGAUGGACGGCACUAACUGUUACUUCAGGGUCCAUAGCAACAAAAGCUCAGACAGAAUUAAAUGAAUCACAUGAUGUAAAAAAUUAAAUAUAAUAUUAGAAUCUGUGUUUUAGGGGCUUUUAUUGUGAAGUCGCCACCGUAGACACAAUAGAUGAACUCUGCACUUUGCUGUUGUGUUUUUGACUCUGGAUUUAUGACCAAUGUAAUAAAUAAACUAAUAAAUUAAUGAAAGGAAAAGUAA